GAGGAACCAAAGAGGAUAACAUAACACCCAAGCCAAACUAACUUUUAUGCCUGCAAAGUUAUAACCCUUUCUGUCUCCUUUUAUCUCUCUCUCUCUAAGAUCGUUUAUGCAAUUCUCUCUCUAAAAAACCAAACACUCAUAUUCUGACACAGCCUCUACCUAUCUGCUAAAACUUUCCUUGUCUUUCCCUCUCAGUUUUGUCACUUUUCCCCCAAAAGUUUCCUCCAAAGCUUUCGAUUCUCUCUCGCUCUCCACCGAUCAUGCUUCAAAGCUUGGUCCCGCGAUCCCCCCGCACUUCCAACCCUAACGACAUGAAAACUAAGCGACCCGUUGACACCGCUGAUUCUCCCGCCGAUCAACCUUCUUUCAAGCGGACCAACUUCUCCGCCGAUACUGCCACCGAGGACGACCAGGCCUUCGAUCCCCAGCCUCACGCCGGCGAGUCCACCGGCCUCAAACUUCUAGGCCUCCUCCUCCAAUGCGCCGAGUGCGUCGCCAUGGAUAAACUCGACUUCGCCAACGACCUCCUCCCGGAGAUCGCCGAACUGUCUUCUCCGUUCGGUACCUCGCCGGAGCGCGUCGGGGCUUACUUCGCGCAGGCGCUGCAGGCGCGUGUGGUGAGCUCAUGCCUCGGCUCGUACUCUCCGCUGACCGCGAAAUCUGUAACCCUAACUCAGUCGCAGCGAAUCUUCAACGCCUUCCAAUCCUACAACUCGGUCUCGCCGCUGGUGAAGUUCUCUCACUUCACCGCGAACCAGGCUAUCUUCCAGGCCCUGGAAGGGGAGGAUCGCGUCCAUAUCAUCGACCUCGAUAUCAUGCAAGGUCUCCAAUGGCCGGGAUUGUUCCACAUCCUUGCCUCUCGCUCGAAGAAGAUCCGCUCCAUGAGAAUCACCGGAUUCGGAUCCUCCUCGGAGCUCCUCGACUCUACCGGGCGGAGACUCGCGGAUUUCGCGAGCUCGCUUGGGCUACCGUUUGAGUUUCACCCGGUGGAGGGGAAAAUCGGAAGCGUGACCGAACUGAGUCAACUCGGCGUUCGAGCCAACGAGGCGAUCGUGGUGCACUGGAUGCAUCAUUGCUUGUAUGACAUAACCGGGAGCGAUUUAGGGACGUUGAGAUUGCUGACUCAGCUUAGACCUAAACUGAUCACGACCGUCGAGCAGGACCUGAGCCACGCCGGGAGCUUCCUGGCGCGGUUCGUGGAGGCCUUGCAUUAUUACAGCGCGUUGUUCGACGCGCUCGGGGAUGGUUUGGGUGCGGACAGCCUUGAGAGGCACACGGUGGAGCAGCAGCUUUUGGGCUGCGAGAUCAGGAACAUCGUGGCCGUGGGCGGGCCCAAGAGAACCGGUGAGGUUAAGGUGGAGCGGUGGGCGGAUGAGCUGAAACGGGCCGGGUUUCGGCCCGUUUCACUCCGGGGCAACCCUGCUGCACAAGCCAGUUUGUUGCUGGGAAUGUUCCCUUGGAGAGGUUAUACGCUGGUCGAAGAGAAUGGUUCCUUGAAGCUUGGUUGGAAGGACCUUUCUCUGUUGAUUGCCUCUGCUUGGCAGCCCUCUGAUUUGAUUACUUACCCCGAUUGAUUCCAAUUCAAAACCCCCAUUGUUCUUCUGAGGAAGCUGCCAUCGUUGGUUCCUUCCAUAAUUCUUCUUUUUUAUCAUCUUCUGCUCCAACACUCCAAUCCAACAACGGACAUGGCUGGCUAGCAGAGAGGAUAAUCUCUUCUUAAGUUACUGAAUUCAAAGUGAUCAAUCAUUGCAAGUAUCAACAAGUAUGGUUUUGGAAUUGGUUCCUUAUAUUAAAUAUUUAUUAAUUUAUUUUUAUCAAUUGUUUAAUUGAUUCAGACUCCAAGGAGGAACAGAAGCCAGGGAAGUAAUCGUUAGGGUUGGUUGUUUCUCCUAUUAGAUGGGAAUGGAAGAGGGUAUGUAAUAUUUUGUAAUGGGGGGUGGGAAGUGAUGGAGCGUUGUGUAUAAUAACAAUAAUAAUCAUAAGGGUGAGGUUGGCAAUACCAAAGAUGGGUCCUUUUUGUUUGUGACGUUUGAGAAGAUGGAGGGUAUGGUUUUAGGUUGAAUUAGUAAUGAUAGCUUCAGUUGAAUUAAUAAGGUAUGACGUUUGAUCCACGUCUAAUGGUUCCGUGGAGAAUUUGGAUGCAACAAUUGAAUGCAUAGCAGAGGUAUGGGGAUGUGCCUAGGCAAACAGAACAGACCCUACUCUAAGCAAUAGAAUAUUUCUGCCUCUCUUCUUCCA